AUGGCAACUCGUUUGUUUGCUGACCCUACAGCUAUAAAUUUCUAUGGUGAAAUAAUUGAAAAAGAAAAAGUUUGCCGAGCACGAUGGUUUGAGAAGAAUCCGAGGGUACACUCCGCAAUUACUUUGAACAGGAAAGGUAAAAACUACUCUGCUACUGACGUCCAAAGAUGUCGUAUAGAUGGUACUAUGGCGAUUUUAGUGAAGAACCAUACUGCCAGCCUUGAUAAUCGGUACAAAUUGCCCCCUCGAGACAUUGACCUGGUGAAGCUAGACAAUAUGAAAGAAAGUGUACCAUGUAUGAAACCAAUACCAGAAGAAAUAAAGAAGUUAAUACACACAGAUCAUAGGAAGGUUUAUUUAAAAAGGCGUUAUGCUGAAUCUCCAGCUAAAAGGUACAAUUUCAUUGAGUGUACCAGUUGGUUACAUGGAUGGCAAAUUGAUCCAAGAAUAUUGAAGGGUUCGGCUUAUGGAAAAAGGUAUUCGCUUACGUAUGUCAAAGGCUUGGGACCUGAGGCAGAUCCGCCACAUUAUCGGGACUGUAAGGAUAUCUCUAAUUUAUGCACACAGUUUACUCAAUACGCUAAAGUCAACGAAAAAAAUUGA